AUGGCUCUGCAGGAUGUGUGCAACUGGCAGGCCCCUGACACCCAAGGACUAUCACCUCACCUGCCUCACGCUAGUGGCUGGGCCAUGCCAUGGGGCUGUGACCCUCAGACCUUCCCGCAGAUCAAUGGCCCCAAGCUGGCCCAUGGCACCACCACCCUGGCCUUCCGCUUCCGUCAUGGAGUCAUCGCUGCAGCUGACACACGCUCCUCCUGUGGCAACUACGUCGCUUGUCCAGCCUCACACAAAGUCAUCCCUGUGCACCAGCAUCUUCUGGGCACCACCUCUGGCACUUCUGCUGACUGUGUCACAUGGUACCGAGUGCUUCAGCGGGAGCUACGGCUACGGGCACUGAGGGAGGGUCAACUGCCCAGUGUGGCUAGUGCUGCCAAACUUUUGUCAGCCAUGAUGUCCCGCUACCGGGGGCUGGAUCUGUGUGUGGCCACUGCCCUGUGUGGUUGGGACUGUUCAGGCCCUGCUCUCUUCUAUGUCUACAGCGACGGCACUUGUUUGCAAGGGAACAUCUUCUCGGUGGGCUCUGGAUCUCCCUAUGCCUAUGGUGUGCUAGACCAGGGUUACCGCUAUGACAUGACCACAGAGGAAGCCUACACUCUGGCUCGCCGUGCCGUGGCCCAUGCCACCCAUCGUGAUGCCUAUUCAGGGGGUUCUGUGGACCUUUUCCAUGUUCAAGAGAGUGGAUGGGAGUACGUGUCUCACACUGACGCUUGUGUGCUGUAUGCGGAGCUACAGGAACCCCCGAAGGCAGAGGAGGAGGCUAGCAAGGCCCUGUCUGAGCCUGCCACUCUGCACAGAGCUGGACCAGGUGGAGAACUCUCUGUGGGGCUGGGGGAGGCAGCAUCAGGAGACUCCAAGAUGCCAGCAGAGACGGAGAGACUGUGA